GGAAGGCGCGGCGAGGAAGAAGAGUGUAGGCCCAAGCCAUGGAGUUGGCGGUCGCGGAUGCGCCCGGAGGCUCGCUGGCCGCGCCGGCAGUUCAUGAUGAAGUGGUGCAUACGCGAAUUUCUUCAUCCAGAGUUAUAGUACAUGUGGAUCUAGAUUGCUUUUAUGCACAAGUAGAAAUGAUCUCACAUCCAGAGUUAAAGGACAAACCUUUAGGUGUUCAGCAGAAAUAUUUGGUGGUCACUUGCAACUAUGAAGCUAGGAAACUUGGAGUUAAGAAACUAAUGAAUGUCAAAGAUGCAAAAGAAAAGUGUCCACAGCUGGUAUUAGUUAAUGGAGAAGACUUGACCCGUUAUAGAGAGAUGUCAUAUAAGGUUACAGAAUUGUUGGAGGAAUUUAGUCCAAUUGUUGAGAGACUUGGAUUUGAUGAAAAUUUUGUGGAUCUAACAGAAAUAGUUGAGAAGAGACUCCAACAGCUUCAAAGUGAUCAACUCCCUGCAGUGACUGUGUCUGGUCAUGUAUAUAAUAACCAGUCUAUAAAUGUGCAUGAUGGCACACACAUCAGACUUGUGAUUGGAUCUCAGAUUGCAGCAGAGAUGCGGGAAGCCAUGUCUAAUCGGCUGGGGCUCACUGGCUGUGCUGGAGUGGCUUCCAACAAGCUUUUAGCAAAAUUAGUUUCUGGCAUUUUUAAACCAAAUCAGCAAACAAUCUUGUUACCUGAAAGUUGUCAAGAUCUUAUUCAUAGUUUGAACCACAUAAAGGAAAUGCCUGGUAUUGGCUAUAAAACUGCCAAAUGUCUUGAAGUACUGGGAAUCAAUAGGGUACAUGAUCUCCAGACAUUUUCAAUCAAGAUAUUAGAAAAGAAAUUAGGAAUUUCAUUUGCUCAGCGCAUCCAGAAACUCAGUUUUGGAGAGGACAACUCUCCUGUCACACCCUCAGGACCACCUCAGUCCUUUAGUGAAGAGGAUUCAUUUAAAAAGUGUUCAUCUGAAGUUGAAGCAAAAAAAAAGAUUGAAGAACUACUUACUGGUCUUUUGGACAGACUAUACAAAGAUGGAAGGAAGCCCCAUACAGUGAGAUUAGUAAUCCGCCGGUAUUCUGAGCAGCACCAUAGUCGUGAGAGUCGGCAGUGUCCUAUUCCAUCACACAUUAUUCAGAAGCUAGGGCCAGGAAGUUAUGAUGUGAUAACCCCAAUGGUUGAUAUACUUAUGAAACUUUUUCGAAAUAUGGUGAAUGUGAAGAUGCCAUUUCACCUUACUCUUCUAAGUGUGUGCUUCUGUAACCUCAGAGCAUUCAGUACUGCUAAGAAGGGGCCCAUGGAUUAUUACCUAACACCAUCCUUAAUUUCACAUUCUGGCAAGAGCAAUUUUAAAAUGAAAGACACGCACAUGGAAGAUUUUUGUAAAGAGAAGAAAGGAAAUUGGGAAUGUUUACCAGGUGGAAGAAUUGAAAGUACAAGAACUGGGGAAUCUUCAUCACAUAGCACAAAGUUUUCUAAAGAAAAAGACAUGGAUUUGCAGACUGAGCAACUUGUCUCCAAAAACAAAACUACAGAUAGCCAUAAGCAAACAUUAACAACAACCUGUCAUCAAGGACUUAUAGAAAAUAGAGAGCAAGAUUCUGCUCGUGAAAAAAUUACUUUUCCAUUUGAUGUUGAUCUUCAAGUCUUCUAUGAAUUACCAGAAGAGGUACAGCAAGAACUGUUAGCUGAGUGGAAGAGAACUGGACCACAGUCCACACUGUAAAUACUCAAGAUCAGAAAAAAGGUCUAAAAAGUGAGGGAAUUAUUAUUUUCAUAUUAGCAGUUUUAUAAGCUCUUAAUUAAACCCUAAUAUUCAGUAAUAUAGAAAUCCAGUGUAAAUGUUCCAAAUAAAGCAAGAAUAUCGACAGAAAGUAAAUUCUGGUAUGAAGCAGAGUAAUACUCAUUAAUUAAGCAAUGAUGUAAAAUAUUUUCUUAUUCCUAUAGCUAUUUGAUAUUGCUUUCCAAUAAAAGGAAAAUCAUAGUCA